UCGAUUGAUUUUACUCGAUUGAUUGAGCGCACCAAAUCGUUCAUAGUAGCAACCCCGCAACAGUUGUGGAUUCCAAGAAGCAUGACUUCCCAACAGCCUGGCAUCUCCGCGCGGAAGUUCGGCCGGUCUUUCGAAUGCUUUGAUUCCCUAUCAUCAGCGAGCGUGGGCAAUCGAGAGCUCGGAAAGGUCAAGAUAGACUGUCGAUUCCGUCUAUCGAAAUCGAAAUGGGGUGUGUUGGGAAACGCAGAACGGUCCGCUGGAAUUCUCUACAUGGAUCUCUGCUUUGAUCAACCAAAGGACUGCAGGCUAUCUAGCGCAACGGUUUUAUUGACGUUAGAUCAUGAGGUUAAUGACAUAGAUAGGUAUCGGAGACCAGAUCCUGUGUCCAUUUCUCGGGCAAACUCGCUUCAGAUGACCAAUUAUUUCGGACCAAGGCAGCUAAGCGGCAAGCAAACGACCGUGAAUAUGAAGUCUACUUACCGCCUCACCCCCGAGGUCAAUGUCAUGGGCACUGGUCUGGGAGGAUUAGGGAAAGAUGUUGAGACUAAGCGGGAAGUCACCAGUAGGUGGACCUUCACCGGACAGCUUCAGCCAGGCAAGACUGCAGCCUACCGAACUCUGAAGUGGGAACUGAGCGAAAACGAGUUGGACCUCCAAUCGCUACAUAGUAGUACCAUCCACACGGGAUUUACAUUUGAGCAUGAUCAGAAACCAUGCUACCUUCGCGUUGAAAUCACAGGCAAACUGCGGGGAGUGCGGCACCGUAUAAAGGAGAACCUGAAGUUCCCUCCAAAGCGAUCAAAAAACCAGGGCGAGACCGUCGUUAAGAUGGAUCUUGGUCCACAGCACAAGUUCAACACUCGCCUUGACUCGUUAGCAGAUGGCUUAGCGAUGGCAAUGGAAAUGGAGAAUUACGAGAAAAUUCCAGUUGAGAUGCCCGAAGCUAUACCGGCGUUCUUCCAGGAAGUCCGCAAUCAGCAAAGUCAGCUAGCAGCGACUUCCAAUCCAGCGCCACCCCCUUCGUCGGAAGAGGCAAUAAUAGGUCGGAUCGAUCUUACUCCAGCGCAACCGCCAAUGCUCACCGCACCAGUCGCCGAAGACCCCCUCAUUGAAGAGCUCGCUAGGGCGCAUUUGUCCUUCCCUCUUCCAGCCCAGAUCCGGCGGAGGGCUCCCAAGAGUAUGUCCUCAAGUUCGACGGUGACACUAGUAGGAGUGGAGGAGCGGGAUGAGGAGAUAUCUGCAGCGUUAAAAGGCGCGCAAAACGGGGUACCUGAGGUACAGAAAGAAUUCAACGAGGUUGGACAAGCUAUACACGCUGUGCAGGAUCUCGUGAAGACAGAAAAGGAAGAAGUUGAUGCUGCUCUAGAAACGUUUAUGCGACUUUCACAAUCCCCUGCACUUCUGUUUCUUAUUCAUGUAUUUGCUAGCUUCUUGGAUUUGUUUGCAAAGAAGCAAGCGUCUGUUAAAAAGAAAUUUUAAAUUGGGUAACUGCUCAACUUCAAAAAUAUUCUUUUGGCAGGACUAGGGCUGGUGGUUUUGUUAAUGAUAUCUAUACCCUUAUCAUUUCUUUGGUUUAUAGCUACUGUUUGUAAUAUAUUGAUUUUAGCACUCGUCCCGUUUUUCUGCUCUCCUGGGGGGAGGAGUUGGUUGUCUUAUGACAGAAGAUACUAUUAUUAUUAGGGGUGCAAAAUGACAUAAACUAGAAGCCG